CCUCAGGCCGGCAGUUGACUUCUGCAGUCUUCUUGUGUUCUUCCUACCCAGGCUCCCUGACAGCUACCUGCAGAGAUGUGGAAGGCCUUCGCUCCUCUACUCAUUCUGGUGGUCGCCACUGCGGUACCACUGACUUCCGCCGACGAAGGGAAGUACUCCACCAAGUACGACAAUGUGGACCUGGACGAGAUCCUCAACAAUGAUCGGCUCUUCAACAAUUACAUUGACUGCCUGCUGGACGAUGGUGACGAACGGUGCACCCCAGAGGGUAAGGAACUAAAGGGAGUCAUUCCGGACGCCUUGCAGACUGAGUGUUCGAAAUGCAAUGAUAAGCAGAAAGCGAGAGUCGAUAAGGUUGUCAAGUUCAUAAUGGACAACAAGAAGGACGUGUUUGAGAAGCUGAAGGCCAAGUACGACCCCGACGGCACCUAUUUCGAGCACUACGAGCGCCAUCUGAAAGAACUUUCAUAAGCAAGCUGCACCACAGAGUCGGACGCCUUGUAUUCAUUCUGCCAACUCUCUUCAUAAGAUGUCACACAUCCUUGACAACUAAGCAAUAUCUACCAUUCAUCAUAUGAUGUUACUUAAUGUACUUACAAAUGUGGUAACAAAUGCCUUAUGAUACUUCCAGCUGCUGUUGUCAAUUUACUGUGUGAUAUACAUUAAGAAUUUCCGGGGGCGUCUUAGAACAAUGAUGUGUCUGAUGUUCUCAGACACUUUCAGAAAUUUAAUUAUGUUAAAUGUAAUCAUAUCAUUCAAAAUGUAAGUUUCAUCUAGUUUCAGUUGCUUUAUUAUAAAUUUUAAAAAGUGAUUGUUAAUCUCUGUAUUAUACCAAACACCUAUUGCUAGAGAAUGUAGCUUUUGUAGGAAACGUAACUCUUAUCCUGUUUUAGAAAUUUAUUUUGCAUAUUCUAUUAAACUGUACGAUUGUCAGUAAUGUGCUGUUGAAAAUAAAGUUUAUUUUUGUCAUUACU